AUGAGGCCUUUCCCGUCUCUGUUAAAGAAUCACCAUUUAAGGCUUCUCAUGUCGGACACAGACUACAGAAAAUGGUCCAAGCCGCAGUUGAUCAGUAGAAUACUACAACUGGAAGGAAAAAGCGGAGAAUUAGCUUUGAUGGAGUCUAAACCGAGAAAGAACGAAGUAGACUUCUCUACCGCUACUAUACGACAGAUAGCACUGAAGUUUUCCUACUUGGGAUGGAACUACCAGGGAUUGGCAGUUCAGAGAGAAGCUACUGAUUUACCAACCAUUGAGUUUAAGAUUUUGGAGGCUUUGAGACAAUGUAGAAUGAUACCAUCUCUGAACCCUAUAGAUUGUGCGUUUAGCAGAUGUGGUAGAACAGAUAAGGGGGUUAGUGCCAUGAACCAGGUAAUCGGGCUGAACGUAAGGUCAAGAUUGACCCCAGAGGAGCUAGAGUCUCCAGAGAAUGAUAUCAAAGAACUGGAUUAUAUCAAUAUUCUCAAUCAACUUCUUCCCAGUGAUAUUCGUAUUCAUGGUGUAUGUCUACGUCCUCCCAAAGGAUUUGACGCAAGAUUCAGUUGCAGGGGAAGGCAUUACAAGUACGUUUUUCAAGAUGAAGGUUUAGACCUUGAAAGCAUGAAGAAAGCAGCACCGAUGUUUGAAGGUGUGCACGAUUUCCGGAAUUUCUGCAAGGUUGAUGGUGCUAAACAGAUGACAAAUUAUACUAGAGCCGUGAGAUCCUCUCAAAUACUACCCCUAGAAGGUCACCCUGGAUAUUACGUGUUUGACUUGAAAGGAACGGCGUUUUUAUGGCAUCAAGUUAGAUGUAUGGUAGCAAUUUUGUUAAUGAUUGGUCAAGGAUUCGAGUCUCCAGACAUAGUAUCAAAGCUAUUAGAUAUACAAAGUCAUCCGCAAAAGCCUGUUUAUGUUAUGGCCCAUGAUAUUCCUCUGGUUUUGUACGAUUGUAUAUAUGAUGACGAUGUCAACUUUCAACCAGCUACCAACGCCAACAAAAUAUUAAAAUCGCACCAAGAAUUUCGGGGUGUUUACUACGACUACCACCUCAAAUACAUCAUUUCCAACUUCAUGCGGAACAUAGUAAUGCCUGGUCCAAUACAAAUUACUGCUGGGAAGCAACUGCAUAAUACAGGAGAUGGAAAGGGAAAGUUUGCUAACAAACAUGUCAAACUACUUAAUAGACCCACCGUCGAAGAACCUGAAGUCUUGAACGAAAAGUGGCGAAAGAAGAGGAAAUUAAUUGCUGAACAGGAGAGCAAAGAAGAGUUACAGGAAACCAACGGGAUCUCAAAUGGUGACGUACCGUCUAUAUAG